UUCGGUCAUUGCUCUACUAGUGCUAAAAGAUACGGAAGACCGGCGAAUUUGAAGUCUAUGAGUAACAAUUAAGUUCUGUUAUCCUUUCGAACUGGGGUUUUUCCCAAUUAGAAAAGAGAUGGCUCUGCUAAGGGUAGCUGUAAGCGCGCUACUGCUGUUUUGUGUUACCGGUUUAGUGUCAUCUGCUGAUGCUCCUUACUAUGGAACUAGAAUUGGCAAGUUCAGCACGCAUCUUCAUGACGUAAGAGGCGAAGUCUAUGCGGUAGACGAGAAAACGUUAUUCAUCAAAGGUUUUACUUACGACGGAAAAGGCCCAGAUGCCAUUUUUUGGGCUGGAAGUUCUAUCAGACCAGAUAAUACAGGCUUUAUUGUUCCAAGACACAAUGCUACUUUCGAGGAGCCUUUGGCAUCAUUCAACAAUGAAGACGUUAUUCUUCGAGUGCCGGAUGGGAAAUCGAUUGAUGAUAUUCACUGGCUGUCAGUCUGGAGUAGGAUGCACGCUACAAGUUUUGGUUCAAUAAUAUUCCCCAGAAAUCUUAUUCUUCCUCGACCCUUUGUGAUUGGUUCACUAAAGAAUACGAAAAAUGGAGUUUCAUCUGGAGAUAUUUUAAUUUUGGAUACUCAGACAUUUUUAAUACCUGACUUCAGCUAUGAUGGCAACAAGAACGGAGUAUUUUGGUGGUUAUCCAGAGGCAUGCAGCCAAACCUUGGAGGUCUUCGGCUUUUUGAGGAGAAUUCCAGAGAUGGUCCCUUACAACAGCACAAUAAUCAGAUAGUUGUCGUCACUUUACCAGAUGGUCAUUCAGUCUUGGACUACGAUCUUUUGAGUGUCUUUAAUACCAUUGAUGCGGACGACUAUGGUUCUAUCCAGAUACCAAAAGAUAUAAGAGUACCACCUUCACCAAGAGUACUUGGUCUUAUACCAAGAAAUAACAAAAAAAAAUUCAACUGUGAAAUGCUGAAUGAUAAUCUAGGUCUGGAAGUUCGUUGGCUCAUCGAUGGUGAAGACAUCAUUCUGCAUCUCGUCGGCAAAAUUAGGGAAUUUGAAUACAUGGCUCUAGGUUUGAGUAAAGAUGAUACGGAAACUCGAUUUGAUUCUGCCGAUGCUGUAGUUGCUUGGCUUGGUUCUGAUGGCAAGGGUCAUGCCGUCGAUUAUUUUCUAGAAAAUACUGAAAAGUGCGAAAAUGGACACGGUAUGUGCCCUGACGUUGUUCAUCAAGGUUCAAGAGAUAAUUUGGAAUUAUUAGAAGCUGUGGAAAUUGGUGAUACAAAAAUAGUUACUUUGAAACGUCCUCUGAAAGCAGACGACCAAACAUAUGAUCAGACUAUCUACACUGAUGGACCGCAAGCUAUUUUGUGGGCGGUAGGCCCUCUUAUGGAAAAUGGACUAACUGGACCACCGCAGCUGCGAUCAAGAGGAAACCUGCUUCUAGACUUUGGCCGGGCUCCGAAUUGGAAUUGUCCUCCUCCGGAAGUUGAAAUUGCCUCCUCAGCUGAAAAUAAAAGAAAGGUUUCUGAAAUACAUUGCCCAAGUGAUCGGUUAUUCCGAGCUCAGUUGGGUCCUUCUUCACGAAGCGGAGUAAAGAAAGAAUGGUUUAUAAACGGAUUACCAACACCAGAACUGACAAUCCAAAGAGGAAACACAUACACAUUCGUUGUUGAAGGCGGAAAAAAUCCGUUAUAUAUCACCAGCAGCAAUGAAGGAGGUCUAUAUCAAGAUAUUCUGCAGGGUCGACAGACUUCCGAAACAAUGUAUGCCGGUGUCCAACAAGACAUAGCAACUGGAUUUUAUCUACCAACAGCAGAAGGUAAACUUUGCGAAUGGUCUGUGUCGGAUGUUGAUCCAGAACAAUCAGUUUCGUCAGCGUUUGUAGACUUGCUUUCAGCCUUAGUUCUACGCUGUGAACCAGGAGAAUCCGGACAGCUCAUCUGGACACCAAAUUCUGAAACACCAGACACUGUGUAUUACCAGAGCUUUACCGGAAAGCAUCUCGGUGGCAGAAUUCGAGUGGUCGACUUUUGUGAAGAAACCAAUCCUCUCAAUUACCUACAAAAUGAAUUUCAUGAACGUAAAGAGUAUUCUGGAAUCAAAGGUCAUAAACUCAAGCCUGGUUUGGAAAGAGAAGGUGCUGCCAGUGGUGAAAGAGAAAAUGGUAACUUUCAAACGAAAGGAUCGUCAGGUGAUCAUUUUGGUACCGUAAAUAGAGAUCCCGAAGACAGAGAAAGGUUUAAUAUUCAGUCUGAAAAGAGAAUAGAUUAUUUUGAUGAAAGAUCCAAAGAUGGUAGAAUAACUUCUGAAAUUUUAAACGAUCAAGGUACUAAUAAAAAGAUAGAAAAAGAGGUACACUCUGCAGAUUUUGGACAUGCUAUUAGUUUUACCGAAGGUAUCGUACAUCCCCACGACGAAUCAGAAAGAUCAGAUACAGAUAUUCCAAACCAUUCAGGAGUAGAAGGCAGUGUUAGCCGAAAUAAAAUUACUGUAAACACGGAUAGCCCACGUGAUGUAUCGCCUUCUGUUCAGUCACCAGAUAGUGGUAGCCCAAUACUACAACAGUUGCCAGGAUUCAGGCCUCAGUUUGAAGGCGGGUUUGUGCCUCUUGUAUUAAAUCCUGUUAAAGAUAAACAAUCAUCUGCGCCAAAAGAAUUUGUUGUUCCUGCACCUCACAUGCAAAGGCCACCGAGACCAUUCUUGUUUAAUGAGUCAAUACCAUUCCAUGGAACUUUUAAACCAGGCGUUCCUGACUUCAGCGGUUUUGAUAUUUCCCACUAUACCAAUUUAGAGUCAUCACAACCACAGAAUCAUGUUGCAGACAAUGUACCACUUUCGUCUAUUCCUCAAGUACAAUCUAUCCAACGACCCUCAUCGCCAUCAAGAGGAUUACCACCCCAAUUAUUUCAUGGUCAGAAAGAUGCUCAUCAAAUGGCUCACUUAUUUGGCUAUGGACAGCGACAACAGAAUCCUAACUUUCGUGUGCAGCAUCAAAUAGCACCAGUACAACUUCCAAGGAAAAUGCGUCCGAAUAUUCCUCUUGAAAACCAGGGAGAAGAACUGGCACAAGUAUCAUCCCAAAGAGUACAAAUUGCUCUACAAAAUCCAGCACAUGAUAAAGGAAAAAUAGGUCGAAGGCCAAAUUUGCAAAUUAUGCACAUAAACGAGCAUAAACGGCAACAUGGCUUGCAGCCUAAUAAAGUAAUGCAUCAGCAGCAAAUACAACGUCGCCCUGAUUUCGUGGAAGGUGGAGAGAUUGGUGGGAAUAAUCAAAGGAAGAAACCAUCUGAUGGCAAUUCUUUUAUGCCGCCAUUAGGCAGUAACAUUAACAACCGCCCCGAACAGCAAAGAAUGCCACCUGCCAUGCAACCUGUCAUGCAAGCAGGAGGAUUUCAAAGACCUUUUAAUUUCCGCAGACCUCUGCCACCAAAUAACGGAGUAAUUAAUGACAUACAGCAAAGUAAUAUGCAUUUACCCCAUGCAAACAUACCAAUUAAUGAUAUUAAACAAGGUAAUAGGCUCUUUCCUUCUAAUACACUCAUAGAUAUUCAGCAUAGUAACAGACUUCAAAGAAGGCCACCACUAGGACAGCCGAGACAUCCCAAACCAUUUAUGCAAGGGCCAUUUACAGAUCCAGCUCAACAUUUUCCAGGUCAACAGAAACCCAUUCUUUUCCAUCAAGCAAAACAAAGUAAUGCUAACAUUAGAGUAGUAGAUUCAAUGUCAGACACCACGUUUAUUACAGGGGAGGAAUCUCAACCGAAUUCUCAUUUAAGGAAUCCAAACAAGAAUAUUGUUAUAAGGCCUGAAGAUAGUAAAUCGAUAGAAGAUAUUGAUUUAUCAACUUCAGAAAUAAAAGAUGAAAAUCCUUCGUUCAAUCCAAACCUUGCUCAACAGAAUAAUAAAAACGUACACCCAUCAUUAAAGUUUUUACAUCAACUACCCAUUGUAAAUCAAAAUACACAUGUUCAAGAUAAACGACCUCACAGUGUCUCAGAAUCAUUUCUCUCAAAAGAUUCGAAUAAAGUGAAUGCAGAGAAGUUACCAGACUCAUCACCUGUUCCAGAAAUUCAGAAAAUAGAGGAAACUUUAUCUCCCACCGAAAACAUUCAUGAAGAUAUCGCAUCAUCCGAUAUAAAUAAAGAAGCACAUAUCUCAAAGGAAAGAGACAACAUUGACAUAAUCCCAACUGAAUUAUUAUCAGAUCACCAUCAGAAAGAAUAUUUUGUAACAGAAAUACCUGAAUUUCAUGGUAAUAAAGAGACAGGAAAAGCGGAAGCAGUUCUUACCGAUAAAAAUAACGAUGCCAUUCAAUCGGAACUUCAUCCCAGUGAUUUUGAAAAUGUUGAUUUAGAACCACAAGUAGACGGUAAUUUUUCUCAAAGCGAUUCGUCAGCUGCUGAACCUAUUAAAGAAGAAAUAGCUUCUUAUGAAGAAAUCGAGCAUGAUAUCAAUGAUUCUGAUGUAUAUUCAGCUCUGCCUGAAAUAGAAUAUAUUGAUUAUGACGUACCAUUUGGUGCAAGGCUAAAAUCUCCUGGAAGUAGCUCUUCAAAGGUUAAGCCUGUCUACACUGCUGCUCAAAGACCAGCAGAACUAGAACCUAUUUAUAUUGCCCCACAGAGGCAUCCGGAGCUUAAACCUAUUUAUGAUGUUCCACGCAGACCAACCCAGCCGAAACCUACUUAUCCUGUUCCACAGAUCCCAAUGCAGUUCCGCCGCAAAUCUCAAACAAUUUUGCUACCGUCAAAAAAUAAGUUAGAAGAACUACCAAAAUCUUUAACUACCAUUCCUCCUACGCAAAUUUCAGACGAGAGCAGACUUAAUUCAUAUCAUCCCAUAUCUCAAUAUGUUGCUUCAGACCAUCCAAAAAAUGAUUACAUCGAAGAAAAGGACAAUGAAUUUAAAGGUUCACAUUCUGAGAAGCAUUUAACAAUAUUUAUUAACGAUAAUUCAUCAUCUUCUGAUUCUAAACUUUAUUACCAAACACAGAAUAAUUACUGCUGAGACGUCAUUCAGUGAUAAUUCAAAUAAUCCUUCGCUACCUAUAUACGCUGGAAGAAAAAAUAUCCUUCCCAACAGCUCAAAUAGUUCUUCCACCCCACCUCCUAUUACUCCUGGAACACUUGAAAAUAUCACUCUUCCAGAAAAUAUAUUGCAAAAAUACCCAUCUCAUGACAAUGGUACAGAUUAUUCCAUUUUAAAUCAUGUACUGUCCCUUAUAGGUGGAGAACCGCAACAUUCUAAACCAUCUCCGCGUGAUUCAGAUUCUGAAAAGUGAAAUGCAAUAGAAAACAUGGUUUAGUUCUAGCAAUUUUAUUUAUUAUUACGCUAUCAUUUACUCAAAAUUAUUUUCAUUUCUUUCGACAUUCAUCAUCCUAAACCUUAAAAAAAGGAUGUGUAUUUGCCUUUUCCACGAAACGUAACCCAUAAGACAGAUGUUGGGUUUCGCAUGAUGGCGGGUCCAUUUGUGCUGCUGUUGCAUCUCUUUUUUUAGUCACACUUGAUCAUCAUCAGCAUAAACAUUUGAGGGUACUUUGUGACGAAUUCAACACUUUGUGGACUUGGAAGUCCAGUUUUCAUUCAAGUGAAUUACGGCUAACAAACACGUAAUUGUUCUUAAAUCGAAUAAAGCAGCUGAAGUUUUGUAAGGCUCAUGUGCGAAGAUGCAACAAAGCCUGAAUAAAUUAAUUUUUAUAAUUUUU